AAACACAUCAUGGAUUAACGCUUCUCGUCUUGAACAACCUCUUCUUCUUAUCUUGAUAUCCUAGACAUAUUUAUUCCGUCAUGUUUCGCGUGGCCAGUCUCCGCGCGCGGUUCGCAGUCCUCGCCAUACUCGUCAUGGCCCUCUGUUCAUUCUUACUCCUAGGCCCCUACAAAGUCACUCCAGGUCAUCUUGCUUUCACGACACCCGGGAGGGGUCUGGGCCAUACUAGCCAAAGCCUGCUUACAGGACAUGCAAUCGCGCCAAAGCUGGGAAACGCGACGGCAAAAGCAGAACUUGGUCGCGCGGCCUGGAAAGUCCUUCACACAACCUUCGCCCGCUUCCCCGAGAAGCCUACAGAGGAGGAGAAAGAGGCGCUACGGUCAUAUGUCCACCUGUUCCAACGCCUGUACCCAUGUGGAGAAUGCGCAGAGCACUUUGGACAAGUGCUUGCCAAAUACCCUCCCCAGGUAUCGUCCCGGACAGCGGCAGCCAUGUGGGGCUGCUACGUACACAACAUUGUCAAUAAAAGGCUGAAGAAGCCGGAGUUCAACUGCGAAGACAUAGGCGACGCAUACGAUUGCGGAUGCGCAGAAGAAUAAUUGGGCAAUGGCACAGCGGCAGGGACGUCCUGGUGACAUGGACUAGCAAAGGACAAGGGACAAAGGAAGACUCGGGCAAGUCAUGAGCCCUGCAAGACGCGCAUGGCGAAGGACACUGGGGGUAUGUGUGUGUCACUGUGGAAUAUGUGCAGUGCAUAGAUACAAGACAAGCGCCAUGGCAGGCUGCAUGCAUGCAGGGACUGGGGAGCGAGCAUGCUGCUUGUUUACGAGCAGUGCAAUGUCCGAAAGGGAGACAUGGCAUGCUUGGGCAUACUAGUUGGAACAAAGUCGGCGGGUACCUCACUGUGCCGCAGGGCGUAGCAAGGGAGCUGGGCGAGGCAGG